AUGCCCGUCAUGUCCUCGACGUGGAUCGACGAGCGGCCAGGCGGUCAUCGGGAAAGCUCAUCAGAGUCAGCUGCAACUCCUGAUGCUUUCAACAACAUCAGCAACCAUCAGGGACCGGGUCGGUCAGGUGUACGUCGGAUCAGUGACAUCUUCCGGAACCGGUUAAAGCUUGCCGGAGUGGCCGCAUUGCGUAGCUUUAGCGAAAGCUUCCCGCAGGAGUGCAAAGUGCACUCGGAUGAGGAACACGGUCCAGCAACACCCUCACCGAAGUCGGCCAAGGGUACACCGAAGGUGGCACGGUUCGAGGCACUCGAUGCGGUGUUGGUGAACGAACGGGUUGCUGGAGCCCGUGACAGGACCUUCAUCACCGAUCGGAGUAACACACUCGCAGGUGGCAGUACCGUGGCAGCUGUUCAGAGUGGUGGUCUGCGAUCGAGACGCAGUUCGACGAUGUUCCGCCAGCGUUGUACCGUGCAGCGUUCUUCGAAGAGUGUGGACGCGAAAUCAUUUGCUGAGGACGAUCCGAUCGACAACGAGCCGGCUGGCAACACUGGUGGACACCCGCGGCAUACGCGCAAAGAGGACAAAAAGACCAAAAAGGACGAUGCGGUCACGGAGACGGUCGGUCGAUCGGUCGACUUCCAUGGUAAAGGACUACCGGAAGGUGAGCGGGAUCCACCACGAACUACCGGUCCCAUACCGCUACCAGACGAGGUCGUCGUCGGGAAACCACCGACCCGUGAACGUGUAAAUUCUACCUCACACUACUCGACUGAAAAGAGCGGUUCAUCAGGCUACUACAGCACCAAUCUCUACUCAACUGGCGGUUCUUCGGUGGACGAACAUAUCUACUGCGAACCGAUCGAUCGCUGUCCGCGCACCCAGCGACUCGAGGAUGACGAGGACGAUGUGAAGAGUCCUGGUUUGAGCAAGACGACCAGCAAGGGCUCGAGUGAGUCCACGAAGGUGAGUGGUGUCGGCUGUGAUAGAAAGCGACGUGUUGGGAAUGAUAAGGAGCUGUCGGAGUUGCAGCGGAAUAUAAGGGGCCUGGAACAGUACUACUAUCCAGCGUCACUGGCAUCACCUGCGGUUCCAGUACAGUUGAAUGUCCUGCGAGCGACAGUGACUCAACAGCCUGUGCACGUUCCGACGAACAUUGUGCUGAACGGAGCUGGAGAAAACUGCACUGAGCGGUGUGAGAUCGAGGAUCAAUCGCAGACUUCCCAACAGCAACAACAGCAGCAGCAGCAACAGCAACUGUCAGUCAUCAUGGAAGGUAACGAUGGGCAGAUCCCUCGUCCUAUUUGGCCACUAGACACAGACGACUCGCUGAUGGACAUCAACUUGGAAUCGUUUCGAAUGGCGAAUCAUAGCAGCCAGAAUCUGAUCGGGUUCGAGAGCCCCACGCUGUCGUCGGUGUCGGAGAGUGAGAUGUAUGCGCUACGAGAUCCUCCAGUGGACGGAGCUAGCCGGAAGAAGUCACAGUACGAAGAGUAUCUCGAGUUCCACAACACGCGUAACAUUCUGGAGCAGAUACGAGGCAAGCUGAACACGCUGUUGGAGCAACGAGCUGAUCAUCAACCGGACUCCGUGGGUCCGAGGAGACCGAAUCCAGGUAACCCGUUCACGAAGGAACCGAUGCCCAGUGAGACGGAGUUGGAGAAGAACAUCGCCAUUCUGAAAGCGGACCUAGACGGGUACUUGCGCACGAUGAACCAGAAGAAUGAGAACGAAAUCAAGCGUUUCUGUAAGGGCAUGAGUCGUGAACCGAAGGUGGUGGCUGUGCAGAACGCGGUAGAACAACGGAAUCGAUCGAGAUCCGGUUCGAUCCUGAGCAUUGAGCAUGACUAUGAGCAGGUUGAGCGACCUAGCACGGUGCCGUAUUCGACGUCGAACUGCUCGGAGUCGCUGUUGCCGUAUUACCAGGUGUUGCCGCCUCAGGACAUUCGUGAGGGCAGGCCACCGGCCGCACUACCAGCCGCUGCUUUGUUCCUCAACCGUCGUAGUCCUCCGAAUCCGUUUGCUCAGGAAGUCCGCCAACAGGGUGGUCAGUCAUCUAGUUCACAUGGAGGUCUGCAUUCACUGUGCUGCCAACAGCGGUAUCUGAACAGUGACGAGAUUCGUGUCUGUAACAGGUACGGUGGAUGUGAACGCACUGACCCUGCGAAUCAGCUGGCCAUCGACAUGCCGUUGGACAGUAGUGAUGAUGGUGGUGAAGUGGUUAAGACGACGUUCGUGACGACGGCACGUAGUGAUGAGGAUUGUCGGAGUGUUAGCAUCGGUAUGCCAGAGGACGAUGUGGUAGAAACCGAGGAACCGAGACGUGGAUCACGCGUGAAGCUGAAAGUUGACCCGCCAGAUGGCCGAUCGGCUGGGGAUAGUGCCAGUGAGAGUGGUAGUGGGCUGGGACCGCGUAUGGCGCACUGUGAUUUCAACCAACUGCAACGCAAUAUCACACUCGAGCGCAUCAUCCUGAUGGAGAGCCUCGGGAAGUCACGCAAUGGGCAGUUUGGCGAUAAGGAGAAGAUGCUGCUCGAGUGGCACCAGAACAAACCGAGCUGCUGGGAGCUGUACUAUGGCGCGAAUCGGGAGGAGCAUCAACCACACCAGACGCUGAUACGAAAGAUGAAGCUUGGCCGCAAGAGUACGGUGUGCAUUUCUUACCCCUCAACUAGGCCUGAAUCGGAUUUCACGCUGGACGUUCCACGGGCCGAGCAGCUGCGCCAAAAGAUGAAGAAGGAGAAACAGUUCCGGAGCCGGUGCCGCUGGUUUUUCUACUUCCUGAGCGUCGUUUUCUUCCUGCUGUCGGUGAUGGUGGUCAGUUUGAUACUGACGCGUGGUAAGCGCAUGUUCGGUAGCAUGAUUUGA